UUCCAAUAGAAGUAUCUCUGGUUACAUCCUAUUGCUUACAAAAUGAAAUGAACCCUGAAAAACUCUGACAUCUUAUUGUUGUCUGUUUACACAGAUACAUUUAUUGCUGGGGAUUGCAAGGAGUGUGUUUACUUAUCCUUAUAUCUUACACGAAAAAAAAAUCAUGUAAAUGUGAUAUAAAGCUUUAUUUGGUGGGGGAUCUCAUUUGUCUCCCUGAACUAAGGCAGCAGAUUUCAGAGAGAGAAGCUUCCCUCAGCAGUAUGUCCCUUUGCCCCCUUUAUAUAUUGAUGAAGUCAACAUUGACAAUAGGUACCCAGAGUGGAAACAAAUUUGUCUACUUCAAGCUCAUCACUGUCCAUAAAAGCAUCUGUACUUGCUACUGGCCAUAAUUUUUUCUAAUUUGUUAGACAACAAGAGUGAAUACAGAAAACAAUCCAUGGGUUUCUCUGCUUUUCUGUGCAGUGAUUUUCCCACUAUGACCAGUCAGAUUUUUCAUCUUACUGCAAGUAAAAUGCAAGAAGACUUGCAAAAAUAAAGGGGAAGAAAAAGGAGAGAAGUGAUUGAGAAUAUUUGCAAUUAUCCAAAACAUGCAGAGAGAAGUGUUUGUUAAGAUAUAAGGGAUGGGCCGGGUGCGGUGGCUCACACCUGUAAUUCCAGCACUUUGGGAGGCCAAGGGGGGGUGGAUCACCUGCAGUCAGGAGUUCGAGACCAGCCUGGCCAACAUGGUGAAACCCCAUCUCUAUUAAAAAUACAAAAAUUAACCAGGCAUGGUGGCGGGUGCCUGUAAUCCCAGCUAUUCAGGAGGCUGAAGCAGGAGAAUCGCUUGAACCCAGGAGGUGGAGGUUGCAGUGAGCUGAGAUCGCCCCAUUGCACUCCAGGCUGGGUGACAAGAGCGAGACUCCGUCUAAAACACACACACACACACACACACACACACACACACACACACAAAGAAAUAUAAGGGAUGAUGAAAUGACAUGCAUCAGGCAUCACCUUAGUGAUUUAGUUCCUUAGAGUCUACAACAGGUCUAAUGGAGAACGGGCAACAUAGCUCAGCAUCUUUUGGAAUAUGUCCUGAAAUCAAGUUGCCGUCCUUAACUAUAUGUCCUUAGUAGAGAGAGGCAUCCCACCUCUCAAGAAAGAGAUCUAUUCAGUCUUUAUUUAUCUAACUGUUCCAGACUGUUCCAACAGUCCAGGUUCUCAUGACUCCAAAGACAUGCUGGAUUCACUAUAUCCAAACUUUGCCUUUAAUUCUGGUACCAAUUACUGCCCCCCAAAUUUAUAACCAGGAUAAUAAAAGUUACUUUACUAUCUUAUAUAUACUUACAGUAUUACACAAGCCACCAUAACUUUUAAAUAGGAAACUACUACAUAAAACUCCAUGGUUGAUGCUUGAGGCCCCCAGUAAUUAGUUUGAAAGGUAUUUAGAGCUGGAGCCCAGAAACCCUUGUACUACAAUUUAUUCAACUAUUUUUCUAUUGUUAGCCAUUCUCAUUUUUUUCCUUCUCUUUGCCUCUAAAAACGGUGUAGUAGAUAAUAUGCAGUCUUAAGAACUAGUGUUGUUUUCUAUAGGACAAUCACAAACUGGUGCCACUGCGUUAAAAGGCACUGGAAUGGAUGCAUAUUUUAAAAUUGUAAUAGAUAUGGCCGUAUUACUUGACAACAAAUUUUAGCAAUUCACCUUCCUAGCAAUCAUACAUAAGUGCUAGCGUCUAGCAUCCUUGCCAAUUAUUUUUCUUUUUUGCCAACUGAAUGGGGGAAAAAAGCCAUUAUUUUUUUAAUUCCAGUUUUUCAUUUAGUGAGUUUGAACAUCAUGUUUCUUUAUAUGGGCUUCCUAUUUAUAGCUGUUAGCCAAUUUUAUUUGAAUUAUAUUUUUUAUUUCUAGGAGCAGGCUGAAUAGAAGUAUUAAUGUAUCUAUGCUAAAAAUCCAUUUUUCUAAGCCCUUAAUCAACUUAAGGUGUCUUUUGCCAUUCAAAAAGUUUAAAUUCGUAUACAAGCAUAUUUUUUAUUUAUGAUGUUGGGGUUUUGAAAUCUUGGUUAAGAAAGUCCCUUCUGUCCCCGGAUUACAUAAUAUUCUCCUAAAAUUUAUUUAAUCCUCUCAGUUGUAUUCUUCCGUUGAAAUCAUUUUUUUACUGAAAUUUAUUUUCGCAUAUAGCACAAGGAAGGGGCCAAGAUAAUUCAACAUUUCGUUAAUCAGGCAUAUAGAUCUAGAGCGGGGAAUGUCCGAUACCAUUCCAGGUUAUACAAGCGAGAUUAAUGUCAGAUCUUGGGAGCAUUUCCAGUACAGGUUAAAACUGUCACGCGGUCGGCGGGAUUGCAGGUGAUGCAGCAAGCCUGGUGUCCUCGACAGGAGACGGUUUCCCAUCUAGGACCGUUGGAUAGGGUUCCUUUCUGAGCUUCCAGCUCUGUAGUAUCUAUCAGCCCGCUGAUAGGGCAGCCUCCCGACGCCACUCAAAACAUCCUAAAGGCCCCAAGCCAAACCCCGCUACUAGUAGAACCAACAGUCCAAAGAGCCACGACGCUCUGCGCAUGUGCGCUCUUCGCAAGCUGAAAAUCGUGCGGGGAGCUCUUCAGCAAGUUCCGCCUUCCAGCCUGAAGCGCAUGCGCAGCCUCGGUUCCGUUGCGUGGUGUGCGCCUCUGUGGGACACUGCAGGGUGCAGGGACAAUUACGAAGAUGGCGGUUGCGCGCUUGGCCGCUGUGGCGGCCUGUGUACCUUGUCGGAGCUGGGGCUGCGCAGCCGUCCCCUUCGGUCCCCACCGUGGCCUCAGCGCGCUGCUUGCACGGAUACCUCAGCGGGCGCCACGGUGGCUCCCAGCUUGUAGGCAAAAGACGUCACUCUCAUUCCUUAAUCGACCAGACCUUCCAAACCUGGCUUAUAAGAAGCUAAAAGGCAAAAGUCCAGGAAUUAUCUUCAUCCCUGGCUAUCUUUCUUAUAUGAAUGGUACAAAAGCAUUGGCGAUUGAGGAGUUUUGCAAAUCUCUAGGUCACGCCUGCAUAAGGUUUGAUUACUCAGGAGUUGGAAGUUCAGAUGGUAACUCAGAGGAAAGCACACUGGGGAAAUGGAGAAAAGAUGUUCUUUCUAUAAUUGAUGACUUAGCUGAUGGGCCACAGAUUCUUGUUGGAUCUAGCCUUGGAGGGUGGCUUAUGCUUCAUGCUGCAAUUGCACGACCAGAAAAGGUCGUGGCUCUUCUUGGUGUAGCUACAGCUGCAGAUACCUUAGUGACAAAGUUUAAUCAGCUUCCUGUUGAGCUAAAAAAGGAAGUAGAGAUGAAAGGUGUGUGGAGCAUGCCAUCAAAAUACUCUGAAGAAGGAGUUUAUAACGUUCAGUACAGUUUCAUUAAAGAAGCUGAACAUCACUGCUUGUUACAUAGCCCAAUUCCUGUGAACUGCCCUAUAAGAUUGCUCCAUGGCAUGAAGGAUGACAUUGUACCUUGGCAUACAUCAAUGCAGGUUGCCGAUCGAGUACUCAGCACAGAUGUGGAUGUCAUCCUCCGAAAACAUAGUGAUCACCGAAUGAAGGAAAAAGCAGACAUUCAACUUCUUGUUUACACUAUUGAUGACUUAAUUGAUAAGCUCUCAACUAUAGUUAACUAGUAUCACAUGUUUAGUUGGUAUGUAAACUAAUGUAUCCAGAAGAUUGGAAGAGGGAUAACAAAUGAAAGAUCCUGAUACUUUAGGUUUUUCUCUUUCCUCUAUUUUGUAAAUAUCAGAUGAGUAUUAUUUAAUGAUGUAUUUGCACAAGUAAUGCAAAUUGUGAAGAAGGACCAGCUGCUGUUUAAAAAAUUUUCUCCUUCCUUCUGUCCUUGAAUUUUUUCAUUAAAGUAUUUCCUUUUUUUUAAUUCAAGAAAAGUUUACCUUUCUUAGGCUUAUGUUAGCUAUGCCAGCUCUUAAUUGCAUCCUUUUCUAAUUAGGAUUAUUAAUAAAGCGUGAAUAUCUUGUUUUUUAUUAUAGAGGGAAAUUUGUAACAUCUGAUUUGAAAAUGCAAUUCACAAAAUAUAGGGAAAUUUUUAUUGAAGUAAAUUUGAAAUGAUGGAGAAAUUUCAGAAGCAUAAUAAAAGUUCACAAUAAGGAUAAUACUUUAUAUAAUGUAUAAAGUAUAUAUAUUAUAUAAUGUUAUAUAAACUGCACAUUAUAUUCAAACUUAAGCUUUUUUUUUAAAGUCCCAAAAUUGUACAGUGAUACAAGGAGCUAUUUCUGAAUUUUGGCUUAUGUGUAAUAUAUUUAAAUGGGGAAUUUCAUCUAAAACGAUGUAGCAUUUUAAUACUCUGAUUGGUAAAAUUAAAGAGGAAAUUGAUCUUUAUAUAUUAUUUCUUGCAGAAACAUUCAUUAUUUUAUUAAUAUUGCCCUAAGUACAACUAGGCAAGUGAUUGCCACCUAAAUCAGAAGACGUUCUAAAGUCAGUAAGAAAGUGUGAAAUGCUAGUAUAAAGGUUGUUUUUUUUUCUUUUCUGAAUAAAGUGAGGUGUAGAUUCAGCCUUGAUAUUAUUGAGUUAAUAUUUUUUAUUUAUUAAUUUUGGCUGGACUUUAGCUUGAUUAGGUUAUUAUCUGUCAAACCUUUUGAGUUGACAAUAUGACUCAUAUAUAUACAUGUAUAUAAAAUGAGUAUGUGUCGAAGACUUAUUCAACUCAUUAAUGAGGAAACCAGCAGAUAGUAAACCUGGUUCAAAGUACAAUUCAAGAAACAGUAUUUAUGGGCAUUGAAGAAAAAAUGUUGAGAUAAAACUGCUGUGCAGAAAAAAGUGUUAAUGAAGCCUACCUGACUACUUAUCCUUAGAGACCUGCUUUACAAGGUUGGCCCUUGAUUGGCAUCUGGGAACUUGGAGUUCAGGCGGCUUCCACCAUUCCCAGAACUGAUCAAAGUAGCUUACUAUAUCUAAACUAUAAAACAAUAUAGUUUCUCCUGAACACCUGCUUUCCUUCUGGGAGUCUGGAAUUUUAGUAUGUGCCAGGCAGAGACUACCCUGACCAGCUCCCAGUAAAAACCCCAGGCACUCAGUCUCUAACAAGCUUUUCUGGUUGACAGUGUUUCACAAGUGCUGUUACAACUAGUCGCUGGGAGAAUUAAGCUCAUCCUCUGUGAUUCCACUGGCAGAGGAUUCUUGGAAGCUUGCACUUAGUUUCCCCUGACUUCACCCCAUGUGUCUUUUUUCCUUUGCUGAUUUUGUUUUGUAUCCUUUCACUGUAAUAAAUCGUGGCCGUGAGCAGAACUGUA